AUGUCGAGACUUGCACACCUGUUUUCGGCGGCGAUGGCGCUGGCCUUUGCGCUCAGCGGCGCCAACGCGCAAGAUGCGGCGCUGCAGAACGUCACUUCGCUGUAUGGCACAUGGUCUUCGGGCUCGCAGAACGUCACCACUGGCCUCGACUUCUUCAAUCCAAUCACGCAGGAGUUCAAGCUGCCCGCGACGGCCGGCAUCAGCUACUCUUUCACCGAGGACGGCUUCUUCGAAGAGGCAAAGUACCAGUACACGUCCAAUGCGGUGACCAACCGCUGCUUCAAGGCGUCGCUCAUCUGGCAACACGGCAACUACACGCUCCACCCUAACGGCUCGCUCACGCUCUUCCCCUUCCCUGCCGAUGGCUACAUCCAGGUGCUCGACCCUUGCGCUGCGCAGACGAGCGCCAUCUACCACUACUCGGAGUUCGAGCUGAUCCCGGCGUGGUACAACUUCCAGGACAAUCAUCCGGGCUUCAUGGCGCCGGGCGUCUCGGCUUACGCUCUACAGCUACAUGCCUUUGACAUGUCCAAGAUGCCUAUGCUCUACCUUCGAAACCGACCGCCGAACAUGCUUCCGACAAAGCCGCUCUUCCAGCAGCUCCUCAACGACGCCGGCGCCUAG